AGAAGAGGCCGAGGCUGAGCGCGAAUUUUCAAAUUCAGUAGAACAGAAGUUUAACUAGCAGGAAAACAACGGCCCAAACGAUGCAGCUUAUUUAAAGAAAAGGGGUUUAUGUCAAACAGAUAAUCACAAGAAACCUUUGGUUGGACUAACCGGCGAAAUUAAAGGAGAUAUUGGAAAACUUAUCGCGAGAUGGACGUGGCUACUUACUUACAGGAUUUUGAAAACAGUUUGAGCUCAUUCACAGGAGACGACCCUCUGGAUUAUUGGGACAAGUUUGUGGACUACCUGGGGCAGAGUUUACCUGCAGACAGCAGAGAUGGAAUGUCACUGGUGUUUGACAGGCUUGUACAGAGAUUUAUCAACACUGAGUGCUACAAAAAUGAUGUUAGAUACGUGAACUACUGCAUCAAAUGUGCGAGUUAUUAUUCGGACCCCUUUGCUGUGUACAGUCACAUCUACGGUAAAGGCAUCGGCACCAGGACGGCCGCCCUCUACGUGGCCUGGGCUCAGCAGUUUGAACAGAGGGGCAUGAAUGAGCAAGCUGAUGCUGUUUACCAGAGAGCAAUGGAGAACCAAGCCCAGCCAGCUGACAUGGUUCUCAGUGAAUACAGGCAGUUUCAAACAAGAACAAAAAGCCAGACUCCAGCAUCAGCAGGAGGUCGAAACCCUUUGCAAGACUCACAUUUGACUAAUCAGAUGUCAUCCCACAGAGGGCCUGUGGUUCCAAACAAGACUCCAGUGGAUUGUCCACUUAAACCACAAACUCAUAAAACCACCAUCAUAGUAUCUCGCUCUGAGACUUCCGGUACCAUUCCUUCAUCUCAGAACUCCGGUGUUCAGACCGUUUCAGAGUACAGGACAGAGGAACUAGUGUGUGAAGGAUCUGAGUUGUGCUUCGAGGAGGUGAGAGCGGAAAAAUACUUCCGUAAGCUACGAGAGAAGCAGGAGCAGUCAGAGAAGGAUCCUGAAUUGACCGCGGGGCUGCUGCUGAAGAAGGACAAGGAGAAAUUCCAAACAUUUAAAUGCGUGUUUGAGCAAUUCUUCCAGGUUCUGGAAUCAGUUGAAAGUUUAUCCAGCCAGCCUCCAUCACAAAGGCCACCUGCAGCAGAGGCAGCCUCAAAUCUGAACCCAAAUCCUACCCAGAAUCCCUUUGGGCACCCUCGACCCUCACUCAGUCUAAGCAGCAGGCGUUCCCUUGGCUUACGAUUACCUGUGGAACCGACGUUCAUAAAUCAAUUCCCCGAACCUCCUCAGCAGAAUGAGACGGAGACUGCUGGUGGAAACGCCUCGAGCCCAGCGUCAUCUCUUCAUCCCUCAGUUCUGUCUGACAGGAGCCAACAUGUGCCUGAAUCUGCAGCAGCAUCCCUGCCCACAGACCAGGUGUCUGUCUUUCAGCCUACCAGUGAAGAGAUGUUGAGCCAGGCUGUCCACGGACCAGCCAGCAUCUCCUUUGUAAACGCUGAUGAUUCCUGCAGGGAUGAAGGAGAGCAGAGGAGCUCAGAGAGCCGACGACCCCAGGAGUACAACAUCACACAGCGGCAUCCAGCAGAGCCAGAGGAGAACCUGAACGUGUCACAGGGAGGCACAGCCAACCUCUCUCACAUCACUCCUAACACCUCACUGGGCUAUGUUCAGGCCACACCGUCACGGGUGCUGCCGUCGCCCACCGUCAACACACGGGAAGCACUGGAUGUGAUCAUGGAUAUGUUCCAGGCUCCAACGCUCCUCGAGGACCCUUUCAGUAACGCAUCAGUGCUGCACACCACAGAGAGAGAGGCUGAUCAGAGCUACAGUAGAAAUGGAGGCUUCUCCUCUGUCCCCAAACCUGUGACUCCAGCCCCAUUCACCAUCUUCCAGGAUUCUGAAGACAAAGAAAACGGCAGUGUUGCUGCUCCUCCAGUAGUUCUGAAGUCUAAACCAGUCAUUGCUCUGGCUGAGAUCCCAGUGUCCACCAAACCUAACGACACUCCUCCUGAUCUGAUGCCUGAUGAGAGCACCAUGUGGGGAGCUCGCUACAACUCCCUGAACUCUCUGGCUGCUUGUCCUAACAGCACCACAGACUUCGCCAUGUUGGCUCAGUUUGUCUCCACGCCGUUCACUCACAAAACGCCUCUCAGUGGAAACUUCUUCCCAGACCAAGAAAACAACGACGUAGGAGACGCUGAAGAUGGAGCUUUUAUCAGACAUCAGCCUAAAAAACUCAGCCCCAUCAUAGAGCAGAGUCCAUCCAACGAGACACUCUCUGAGACCGCCAUCAGUAAACUCGCUCCUGCCUCUGAGAGACAAGGAACCAUUGUCACUGACCACGUCCUGACCACGUCCUCCAUCACCAUGGAGCAGCCCCCGCCUCCUGCUGUGCUCUCCUUCAGAGACCAGACUAUCUGUCCUACCGAGUCCUCUGCCUCCAGGGCCACGGGGCCCACCUGGGAGGUUUACAGGAGUCCUGAUCGGCCUCUUAAUCAGUCUUCUGUGAUCCCACAUCCACCUCAGACUUCAGUCAGACCCAGAAUGGAGAAUUUCACGAUCAUGGAGGACUUGGACAAACCCUCCAGUCCAGCAAAAGUCCUAGAACAGGUCUACGAUGUCCCCAUGAGCCCGGAGAAUGCCUUCAAACCGGACUGGCCGUCCAUCAGGAGCCCUGAGGUUACAGCAGAGGCAGAUCUGGACGCCUUCCUGAGUCCCCGCCGCCUCCACAAGAGCGUGGAUGUCCCCAUGAGUCCAGAGCAGCUGCCACCGUGUGCUGAUGUGCCCAUGAGCCCAGCAGUGCAGCGGUUCAGCGCUGAGGAUGAAGUCAUGAUGAGUCCGUGCAGAGAGACUAGAGCUGAUGUGUCCAUGAGUGCAGCGACUGAGAGGACGGAGUUAGUCCAGCUGGUGUCAGACCCCUGGGAUGAAGAGCUGAUCUCCCACCUGCUCUCCAACCUCACCCCUCCUCUCACGUCUCACCCCUGCUGCAUCACCUGGCAGUGCAACAUCCCCAAAAUCUCCCCAAAGAUGACCAUCAGCAUGGGAAAAGCGUCCUUGCAGGUCGACUGCAUCCUUGGACAAGGAGCUUUUGCGACAGUCUACCAGGCGACCAACCCCAUGACGUCAGAGAAGGUGGUGUUGAAGGUCCAGAAGCCAGCCUAUCCCUGGGAGUUUUACAUCAAUACUCAGCUGGAUGCUCGGCUGCAGCCCGACGUCCGUCAUUUUUACAGCAGCCUCCGCUCAGCUCACCUCUUCAACAAUGGGAGCGUGAUGCUCGGGGAGCUCCACAACUAUGGCACCCUGCUGAAUGCAGUGAACCUGUAUAAAACUCUGAGCGAUAAGGUGAUGCCUCAGCCGCUCGUCAUCUAUUUCACUGUCUGCAUCCUGCACAUAGUGGAGACGCUGCACGCCAUACACGUCAUCCACGCCGACAUCAAACCUGACAACUUCCUGCUGGGAGAGAGGUUCUUGGACAAUAAAUGUUUUGACUCGGAGAACGUCAACCAUGGCCUCGCUUUAAUCGACCUCGGGCAGAGCAUCGAUAUGGAGCUUUUCCCACAAGGCACUGCUUUCACCGGGAAGUGUUUGACGUCAGGUUUCCAGUGUACGGAGAUGCUGAGCGGGAAACCCUGGAACUAUCAGACUGAUUACUUUGGGAUAGCAGGGACGGUUUACUGCAUGCUGUUUGGGACGUACAUGCAGGUGAUGAAUGAUGGCGGUGUGUGGAAAACAAAUGGCGUCUUUAGAAGAAAUCCUCACAGCGACCUCUGGCAGGAAUUCUUCCACACCCUCCUGAAUAUCCCCGACUGCGGCUCCCUGCCGAGUCUGCGGAGUCUCCGCUGUAAGCUGGCGUCUGUCCUGCAGCAGAACUACAGCAGCAAACUGCCCACACUUAAGAGCCGCUUAGUCGUGCUGCUACUGGAGAGCUGCAAGGCUGCACGCAGAUAACACGGCCGCGAUCACCAGAGAAUGAGCCUGAUCCGCUCUGAGUUCAGUGUUUUAAAGAUAUGGUCGAGGAUCUGAGCAUGUUCAUAAUGUCUGAUGUAAAAAAUGUAAUUAUCACCUGGUUUCCUUUUUAAUUUGAUGUUGCUAGCUUGUGAAUUAUUGGACUACUGGAAGCAUAGAAGACUUUUAAUCAGUGAAGAAUAAAAUUACUGUUGACAUAACAGCA